AUGACCAAAGAAAAUUGGUUUACUUGUUUCAACAUGGUGUUUGUGGACCGAAGGUUUAUGGGUUCCAGCUUCAAGGUGAUGGGAGAUUUUCGAGGAAAUGAAGGUGAAUGGGCAAUUGUUGGUGGGACGGGAGAGUUUGCAUAUGCACAAGGUGUCAUAACCUUUAACAAGACCUGGUCAGCCCAGGCAAAUGUCAGGGAGCUUCAUGUUCGUGCUUUGUGUCUCUCCUUCUCAAAAGCAGCGGAAACACCUUGCUCAAGGACACCACGGCAGAGCUCUGUCACCAAGAUCGGCCCAUGGGGUAAAAUAAGUGGAGAAUUUCUUGACGUUUCCACGACACCGCAACGUCUAGAGUGUGUGACCAUCCGUCAUGGAGCUGUCAUUGAUUCACUUGCAUUUUCCUUCGUCGACCAAGCUGGUGGACAACAUAAUGUUGGCCCAUGGGGUGGGCCAUGCGGGGAUAACAAGGACACAAUCGAGCUUGCUCCAUCGGAGAUUGUGACAGAAGUCUCUGGAACAAUUGGUGUAUUUGGAGAAGCCAAUGUCAAGUACAACGCCCUAACAUCACUAACAAUUACCACAAAUGUCCGCACGUACGGGCCCUUUGGAGAACCGCAGUGUACUCGUUUCAGUGUUCCCGUGCAGGACAAUAGCAACAUCGUGGGUUUCUUCGUGUGCGCUAGAAAAUGCGUGGAGGCGCUCGGGGUUUACGUGUGUCCACCUGUUUGA